UUUGAUAGCGUAAAGCAACUAUCUUUUACUUGAGUAGCUGAAUUUCUGUAUCUAACUCUUAAUUUUCAAUUUGCAUUUGAAGUUUGAACCGUUAUUUCUACCCACGAUGGUUUCGUGUUAUACUUUACUUCGAACUUUCACAGUCCGCAAUACUGUGUAAAUARUAAAUACUAAAUAGUAGUUGCGAUGACUUUACGAGUUACGUGAAGUCUGYUGUCCGAUUUGUUAAAAGUAUGAACGUAAUGUAGGUAGUGCCUAGGUAUUUUACGUAAAUGGUUUCCUGUUAAUAUGUCGACUGUUACACGCCUAUUGCACUAUUGACAUCUGAAUAAUGAUCAUUUGAUAAUAUUGACUGUACCMACUAAAUUAUUAUGGUUUUUAACAUGAAAGUUACUUGGAACUGGACCGAACUCUGUGGUCCCGACGAUUUUGUUCCAAUAUUUCGGCCAGGAUAUGUGUUGAGUAUUUGUGGAGAAAUGGCAGUCAUUCGCCUGCCCAUUCUGUUUAUAUUCUUGUUGACAUCAACAUAUUACWGUGCUCAUCUGUCUGAUUGGAUAAUACGCACAAGACGCGAAACCAAUAUUCUUCGUUGCCGUAUAAUUAUUGCUAGUAUGCUGUCAAUGUUACCAGCAGUUCAACUUAUUUUAGAAGUGUACGAAUUUACUGAAAGUCAACUAUAUCCUAUCGAAAAUUUAGUCCUAGUAAUCCAAUGUUUUACGUGGUUGGUACAUGCAUUAUACAUUGUAUGUAUACGCCAUCAUUUGGGAACAAGUUUAAGAGGUUCAAAAGUUGUGAUAGUUGCUUGGUUUUUAUGUUUUUUAUCGUCUAUUAUAUCUUUACGCAGUACUUUCGUAGUAUUUAUUGAAAGUGCUUAUGUACCAAUUUUACAAGCGAGAUUAUGGUUCACAUUAUUCAAUUGGAUGCUUCAGGCAUUUUAUUUCAUUACUAUGAUCUUCAAAGAAGACUCUAUAAGAAUAAGACAUGUAGACAGACUUCGUUUUCUUGCCCAGCAAUCACUUGAAAGACGUUCUUUAAUGACAUCAUCAUACAGUCGUUUCAAUGAUGAAUUUGAUCCAUACUAUUUGGGUAUGGCGUGUGAUAAUGAACACUAUGGUUUUAUGUCCUGGCUUACAUUUGGUUGGGUUGGUAGUUUAAUUACCAAAGGAGACAACAAAAGAUUGCAUCAUACAAAUGAUUUGUUUGAUUUACCCGAAUGGCUGACCCCGGUAAAUGUAUCAGCUAAGGUGGAAGAAGUAUUUAGACAUCAGCCCUCUGUGACAGCUUCAUCACCAAUUCAUUUGCCAGCUGACCAUCAACCUAGAGUACAAAAAAUAUCGUUACUACAAGCUCUACACAAAUGUUAUGGAAAACAAUUUUAUGGGAUUGGUUUACUAAAAUUAUUUGCAGACAUUUUUGGAUUUGCAGCCCCUAUUUUUUUAAGUAAACUGAUUAAAUUUGUAUCGCAUCAUGAAGAACCGAUAAGUCAUGGAUAUAUAUACAUGGCAGGGCUUGUUUUAAUGUCACUUAUAACUACAUUAUUUGGUGUACAUUAUGACUAUCAAAUACACAUGAUGGGAAUAAAAAUCAGAGGUGCCUUAGUGACAAUGAUUUAUAAAAAGACAUUAGAAUUAAAUACUGUAAUGCUGAACAACUUUAGUAUUGGAGAAAUAGUUAAUUUUAUUAGUACUGAUACAACUAAUUUAGUAAAUGCUUGCAAUAGUUUCCAUUCAAUGUGGAGUGUUCCUUUUCAAUUAGUUGUUGUUUUAUACUUACUUUAUCAACAAUUGGGAAUCGCUUUCCUGUCCGGAGUUUUAGUAUCCAUUUUACUGAUACCGGUAAACAAGAUUAUUACUUCAAAUAUUGGUAAAUUAACUGGAAGACUGAUGACUGAAAAAGAUAAACGUGUUAAAUUAAUGUCUGAAAUUAUAAAAGGCAUUCGAGUAAUUAAAUUUCAUGUUUGGGAAAAAUAUUUUAUUGAUAAAGUUAGCGAUUACCGAAAACUUGAAGUAUUAAACCUGAAAAAAAGGAAAUAUUUGGAUGCUUUGUGUGUGUAUUUUUGGGCUACAACUCCAGUUACAAUAUCAAUGUUGACUUUCUCAACUUAUAUUUUUUUGGGAGGUCAAUUAACAGCAUCAAAAGUUUUUACCAGUAUGGCUCUACUUCAUAUGUUAAUAACACCAUUGAAUGCUUUUCCUUGGAUACUGAAUGGUGUCACUGAAGCUUGGGUGUCUCUUAAAAGAAUUCAACGUUUAAUUGAAGUAGAUGACCUACAAACACAAUCUUAUUAUAGUCUAAUGCCAGUCCAGUAUGGAAAAACAUUUGAUAAUGCUGUGUCGUUGACAAAGUGUUCUUUUAACUGGGGCCUUAGAUCAUUCCAACUUACUAACAUAAAUUUUUCUGUUGCUAAAGGAUCUUUUGUUGGUAUUGUUGGACCUGUAGGCAGUGGAAAAUCUACUCUAUUGGCUGGAAUUUUAGCUGAAGUUUAUAAAGACGAUGGAAUGAUUGCAUCAUCAAAUAUGAGAGAUGGAUUUGCUUUUGUUGCACAGACACCAUGGAUUCAAAAAGGAACAAUUAAAGAUAAUAUUUUAUUUGGUCAGAAUUUCAGUUUAGAAAAAUACAAAACAGUCAUAAAAAGUUGUUGUUUGGUUAAGGAUUUCCAAGAAUUUCCUAGAGGAGAUUUAACUCUUAUUGGUGAAGCUGGAGUAACCUUAAGUGGUGGUCAAAAAGCUCGUUUAGCUCUUGCCCGUGCUGUAUAUCAGAACAAAUUUAUGUAUUUAAUGGAUGACAUUUUUGCUUCAGUAGAUGCUAAUGUUGCUCAACAUCUAUAUACUCAUUGUAUUAAUGGUUUACUUAAAGAUAAAACACGUAUUAUUUGUACCCACAAUAGUCAAUUUUUACUCUCUGCUGAUUGGGUAAUAGUAAUGAACAAUGGUACAAUUGUAAAUCAAGGUCGACCUUUUGAAGUACUUAAUGAUUAUGAUGUAAAAGCUUUGGAUGUUAAGUUUGAUGAAGCCAAUAGUAACUCAUCUUUGACUAUGGAUGAUUGGACACCAACUAAGGAAUCCGAAAUUAAAAAUGAUUUAAAUGACAUAGAAAACCAAGAAGAAGGAAUGGUUGAUUUAUCUGUUUAUAAACAAUAUUGGAAAUCUGUUGGAAAUUUUAUUAUAUUGACACUACUUUUUGCUAUUAUUAUAAUGCAGGGUUCACGAAAUAUAUCAGAUUUAUGGUUAUCUCACUGGGUAAAUGAAAUAACAAAUAAACAUAGUGAUAAUGUUGUUAAUGAUUUCAAAAGUUUACAAGAUGAAAACAAUGAAUAUUUGUAUACUUAUACAUUAAUUGGUAUAGUAAACUCUGUAGCUACAUUUUUUAGAGCCUUUAUAUUUGCUUAUGGUGGAAUUAAGGCUUGUAAAAAGAUUCAUGACUGCUUGUUAACAUCUAUUAUGAAUGUAAAAACUACAUUUUUUGAUGUAAACCCACUUGGUAGAAUAUUAAAUCGAUUUUCAUCAGAUACAAAUGUCAUUGAUGAUUCAUUACCAUUUAUUUUAAAUAUUUUUCUAGMCCAAUUUUUUCAUGCAAUUGGUACUCUUUGCUCCAUUAUAUUUGGUGUUCCUUGGGCUAUAAUUGUGACUGUGAUACUUACUCCUAUAUAUUAUAAAUUGCAAAAACGAUACAGAAAUUCAUCUCGUGAACUUAGACGUAUAUCAACUGUUGCACUAUCACCACUUUAUAACCAUAUAAAUGAAUCAUUACAAGGGUUAGCAACAAUACGUGCUUUUAGAGCUGUUUCCAGAUUUGAACGGGAAAAUGAAGACAAACUAGAAAACUAUUUGAAAGCUGAAUUUUCUUCUCACUUAGCAUCUUUAUGGUUUAAUUUCAGAUUAAGAAUCAUUGGAUUAACUAUAUUAUUGUUUAUUAGCUUAAUUUCUGUAUUUAUUCAUCAAUGGAAUCUCACAAAUGCAGGAUAUCUUGGGUUGUCUUUGACCUACGCAUUAACAUUGACAAAUAUACUUGGAGGAUUAGUGAGUGCCAUYGCAGCAACAGAAUGUGAUAUGAUUAGUUUAGAACGUGUUCUUGGCUAUGCUGAAAAUAUAGAAAACGAGACUGAUGUUGAAGACUCUGUUUCACCACCAUUUGCAUGGCCAACGAAUGGAAUCAUACAAUUUUCCAAUGUUUUUCUUAAAUAUAAGCAYGAUGGUCCCAUGUCUUUGAAUGGAGUUUCRUUUGAAACUACUUCUUCAGAAAAGAUUGGUGUCAUUGGUCGAACAGGAGCUGGAAAAAGUUCAUUAUUAGCUGCUUUGUGUAAAAUGUGUGACAUUAGCAGUGGUGCUAUUUUUAUAGAUGCUGUAAACCUUUCUAAAAUUUCUUCACGACAAAUAAGAAACCGUUUAUGUGUAAUACCUCAAGAUCCGUUUUUGUUCAAUGGCACUAUUCGUGAAAACAUUGACCCGUUUAAAGAGUAUAUGGAUUCAAAUAUUUGGUCUGCACUACAACGCUGUCAUUUAGUAGCAACCGUUAAACGUUUAGGCGGUUUGGGGUGUUAUUUAGGAGACAAUAUUAACUUAUCUGUGGGUGAAAAACAGUUGUUAUGCUUAGUGAGAGCAAUACUGAAGAACGCAAAAGUAGUAUGUGUGGAUGAAGCGACUGCAAAUGUAGAUGAAAUUACUGAUCGCAAAAUACAAGAAACAAUAAAAACUGCAUUCAAACAUAGUACUGUUAUCACCAUUGCUCAUAGAAUUYGCACUGUUAUGGAUAGUGAUCGAAUAUUAGUGAUGGACAAUGGAAAGGUAGUAGAAUUUGAGGCUCCCAAUCUGCUCUUGGAGGAUAAAAAUUCUUAUUUUUAUAAUUUGGUUCAACAAGAGUUCAAGUAACAACUUAUGAUCUCAGUUUCACAAUGGUGCGAGUUGAAAUAAAUAAUUUAAGUAUUUUUAAUUACAUAUUUGUCAAUAUAUUAUCAAAUUAAUUAUUUACUCUGUAUAUUUGUUAUGAACUAUAUUUUAUAACAUAUAACUAUUCGUUUAAUAAGAUACUAAGACAACAAUAUUAGUGAAUUUUUAAAUGUAUUUAACAUUUUCUGU